AUGGCAGCCACCAUGGGUUCGGGAGUAAAAGUCCCUAACGAUUUCCAAGUGUUGGAAGAGCUCGAAGAAGGCCAGAGAGGGGCAGGAGAUGGCACAGUUAGCUGAGAUCUAUAAGAUGAUCAAGACAUGACACUUAAAAGAUGGACAGGGAUGGUAACUGGGUUGCCAAGGGCAGACCCGAGAGCCCUAUCAGCGCUAGCGAAACAGCAGAACUCCUACAGCAUCGGAGCCGAGCUCCAAGAGCUACAGCGCCUGAUGAUGUCCAAAGAGAACAUGAAGCUCCCUCAGCCGCCCAAAGGACAGUGCUAUGCCUCUGCUCACAUACAGGGACUUGUACGUGAGGCUCCCUCCACCUCGUAUUCCGGGAACUCUGUGAUAAUCACCCAAUCCCGAGACCUCUUCAGCCCUGCCAUCCUCUCGGCAGGUCGAAGUCCCAGCUGGGACCCGAGAGUGCACGUGCGCAUGCUCUGCGUGUUCUGGGGCCACCAGGAGGCUGUCCGUGGCCUUCCUGCCUAG